AUGAAUCAUUUCCUGCGCGCUCUUCACAAACCACAUCUUUUUGCCUCGUCGACAAAUGAAUUAUCUGUGGGUUUUUGUCCUUUAGUUCGAAAUCCCAAUAAUCCCGUUGCAGAAUUUACUCGAAAUGAUUCGCUCGCUGAUCACCGAACAAUUAUCGGUGCACAAAUUCGCACCCACAAUUCUUCCACCAUUGCACAAUCUUCGAAAAUAUCCGCCAAGAGAACCGCCAAGAUCUGAAACACCGCCGCCGCAAAAUGAUUAUAAUAAUUAUUAUCAUUAUUAUCAACAGCCACAACCACAGCAACAACAGCCAUGUUCUUCAAGUAGUCGGCGAGAAGAUUCGAAUUAUAAUAAUGGAGAUCGAAAUGGUCGAAGAAAUCAACAACAACAACAUCAGCAAAAAAGUGGAAAUUAUGGGAAUUCGAGAAAUUAUUAUAAUAAUCAGGAGAGAAAACAAUCACAAGAAAAUGGAUAUCAUCGAAAUGGUUAUCAUAAUGAGCAACAACAACACCAGAAUAAUUAUUCGAAUCAACCAAGACAAAAUGGCUAUCAUUCUGGUGGUUCCGGAGGAGGAGGAGGAUAUAAUGAGGUGAGCUUAGGCUGAAAUUGUGCCACAUGGAAUUUCAGAUUUUGAAUUUUGAAAUUUAGUGAAUUUUAAAGUCUGACGUAUGGAGUUUUUUGGCACGUGGAUUUUAGACCUAAAAUUUCAGAAUUUCCCAAAAAUUGCUAGGUGAAUAUAACAUCAAGGGUUGGAAAACGUUUUUCAUAAACUAUUUUUUUGCCACGUGGUUUUUCAUAUUUUGAAUUAAAAAUUUGCCACGUGGCCUUUAGAUCUAUUUAAAAUUUCAAAAUUUCCCAAUUAAAAAAAUUUUCGCCACGUGAAUUUCUAGAUCUGACACUAAGGCUUAGAAAAAGUUUCCCAUAACUAUUUUCUUUUUUUUUUUUGCCAUGUGGAUUUUAGGUUUGAAAUUUAAAGUUUGCCACGUGGAUUUUCAGAUCUGAAAUUAAAAGUUUGCCACGUGGACUUUCAAAUCCAAGAAAAUUUCUGAUUCAUUUUUCCAGCCAACCUCUUCCACUCAAAACAUCCCAUCAAAUCCACAUUAUUGGCAUUAUAACUCUCAACAACCACAGCAAUCACAACAUCAACAUUUUGAGCGGCAAACUCAGAACGCUCAAAAUUAUCCGAAAAAUCGCAAUAAUUAUCAACAAACACAGAAUCAUAAUCAUAAUAAUUCAACCCAGCGAGGUGGAAAUGGUGGAAGAGGAACAUCAACAAGAGGACACAGAUAUUAGUUGUGAGUUUUUUUUUUUUGAAAUUUGGAAAUUCAGGAAUAUAGUUCAAAAUCCUGAAAUCAUCCAACUUUUUAAAGUUUUUUUCUGGGAAAUUUUGAGGUCAAAUUUUCAAUUUUGAAAUUCAGAAUCAUCUUGAAUUUAUCCAAAUUUUUGAAAAUGAAAAAAUAGGCUCUAGAAUUGUAUCUGAAAUUUCAGAAGAAAUGUUCCAAUUUUGAAAAGAUUGGAUUCUUGAGGAAAAAUUAAAAAAACCUCUGAAUUGACGGAAUUUUCUAUUUUUGAAAAAAAAGUAAUUUGGUUUUGCCACGUCAUAAGCUUUUUUAAACCAGAAUUUUCCUUCGAUGAGAAUUAUUUUUAAUGUUCAAUUUUGCCCCGUAAGCGCGGCUACUAGAGGACCAGGCUCUCUAGGCGCGGCUCGUUGACGUCUAGAAUUUCUAGGAUUGGUUACUUGCCACAUAAACUUCUCGAGGCGCGGCUCCUUGCCAGCGAGGGUCUCUAGAUGUGAGUUCUAGAAAAUUUGAUUCUUUAGGCGCAGCUAGUAGAAAACCAGGCUCUCUAAGCGCUGAUCCUUAACAUCUAGAAUUUCUAGAAUCGGCUCUUUGGCAUUGAAGCUCUCAAGGCGCGGCUCCUUGCAAGAAUUUCCAGAAAUCCUAAUUUUCCCAUUUUUCCAGAUGUCUUCUCUCACCUUCUUCCUCUUCUACAAACAUAA